CAUUAUCUUGAUCAAUUACUAACCUAUCAUGGUACUUCCACUAAUCCAAUCACGUUAGAUUUGUUUCUACACUUUAUUUGCUUUUUCAUUCAUUUUUGUCAUCAAUUUUGUGUCCUCUACUUUUUAUCAGCUUUUCCAUAAGGUAAAUCUGUUGUCAUACAAUAUAUUAUUAUAUACUAGUAAUAUAUAUUAUUUUAUCAAAAUAAAAGAAAAAAACCAUUUGGGUUAGUUUAUGCCAUAAUUCAUUACCUAAUUGAUUGAUUGAAUUUCAUAAUAAUUUUUUGCUACUUGUCUUGCCUACCCUAAUAAAUAAAUAACAACAUUUAACAACAUAUUGAUAUUCUAUUUGUUGAUGCUCUCUCAUGAUUAUUUUUUUUCAGAAUUUGUUACACAAGUGUUCUAGUGACAAUGACAUUUGGUUUUGUUGGAUCAAGCUACUAUUAAUGAUGUUCUGUUUUAUUAAUUAAUAUUAAUAUUAAAAAAAUACCAUAGUGACAUUGUGCAAGGACCAGUAUUUUUGUUUUCCUUCUACAAGUUGCGGUUUUCAGUGUCUUACUAAUAUUUUUCUGUCUUUUUCUAUUUGUUACUAAUGAGAUCUUUUAUUUCAUGAUCAUUCAAAUAAUCCCAUUUUUUUGUAGUUUUAUAAUCAUAUUAUAUAUUUAAAUAAUAUUAAGUGCCAAAUAAAUGUCAGUGAUUGAUUCCAUAUUUAAGAACUUGUUCUUUCAAACUCUUACACAAUAAGCAACUGUUUUUAAGGUUCUGUUCUGUUAUAGUCUUUUGACUUGAAAAAAACAAUGAAGGGAAGAAGAGGAAGAAGAUCAGAGGCUUUUUGGCCUUCCAUUGUGAUGAAAAAAUGGCUUAAUAUUAAGCCUAAAGUGAAUGAUUUUAGUGAAGAUGAAGUUGACACUGAAACUGAGAGUGAAGAUGAUGCAUGCUCUCCUAAACAAUCAAGAAUGCAAAUUUCCGACGAUAGUCCGUUUAGAACACAAGGGAUUCAAUCUCAAUCUAUAUUCUCAAGUCAAAUACCAGAUGCAUCUUUCAAGAAGGAAUACAAGAUAAAACACAAAAGAGGAAAAUCAGAAACUCUGCGUGCUCAGUAUAUAAAUACUAAGGAAGUGAGGGUAGCAAUUGGAUCUUGGAAUGUUGCUGGAAGACAUCCAUCUGAGGAUCUUGAUAUUGAUGAUUGGAUUUGUGCUGAAGAACCAAGUGACAUUUACAUUUUUGGUUUCCAGGAAGUAGUUCCACUGAAUGCUGGAAAUGUACUAGGAGCAGAAGAUAAUACACCAAUCCAAAAAUGGGAAGCAAUCAUUAGAAGAUCUCUAAACAAAUCUUCCGAGCCUGACAGCAAACAUAAAAGCCACAGCGCGCCACCUUCUCCGGUUUUGCGAACUUCUUCAGCUGCAGAUGUUCUAGCUGAUAAUAUAGAUGCUACUAAUCCAAUUGAUAUGAUGAAUGGCGAGUUCUUGGAUAAUGUUGUUGAAAAAUAUGAUCUGCAAAAGCUCGAAGCAAAUAACAUAAUUAGCAUAGGGAAUGAUUUACAUGUAAGGAAAGUUUAUGGUAUUGAUCUUGAUUGGCCCGAACGUCCGUUAGACGCAAUCUCACAAAUUGUUGAUUCGAAUCCGAAGUUGAGGAGAGUACUAAGUAGUAAUGCUAGAAUUGGCUUUGACUUGAAUGAUAAUGCUUUCAUAUACGGCGGUGGUGGUGGAGGUGGAUUGAAACGUAUGCACCAUAGUUUCGAAGAUUUAGCUUUGUUAUUGAAAGAGCAAAAAGUUAUACCUAAAGUAGUUGAUUCCUUAGAUGAUGUAUCUGAGAUAUUGUCUGAUGAGGGUGAUGAUGCUUUUAUUGAAUUACCUGAGAACCAAGAUGAUAAUGGAUUAGGUGAGACGAAAUCGCACGCGAGGUAUGUUCGGAUUAUCAGCAAGCAAAUGGUGGGAAUAUAUGUAUCUGUUUGGGUGCAGAGAAGAUUGAGAAGACACAUAAAUAAUUUGAAAGUUUCUCCUGUUGGAGUUGGGCUUAUGGGCUACAUGGGAAACAAGGGUUCUGUUUCGAUAAGUAUGUCACUCUUUCAGUCACGUAUGUGCUUUGUUUGUUCUCAUCUGACUUCUGGUACAAAAGAUGGAGCUGAACAAAGACGAAACUCUGAUGUUAAUGAAAUUCUACGACGCACUUGCUUCUCAUCCGUCUUUGGUACAGAUCAAGCACUAACAAUUCCAGCACACGAUCAGAUUUUCUGGUUCGGAGACUUGAAUUAUCGGAUCAGUAUGUUAGAUUCGGAGGUUCGAAAAUUGGUGGCUCUAAAAAAAUGGGAUGAACUAAUGAACUAUGAUCAGCUAAGCAAUGAAUUGCGUGUUGGGCGUGUAUUCGAUGGAUGGAAAGAAGGCUCGAUAAACUUUGCGCCAACUUACAAAUAUGAAAUUAACUCUGAUAGAUAUGUUGGCGAGAUUCCAAAAGAAGGGGAGAAAAAAAGAGCUCCUGCAUGGUGUGACAGAAUAUUAUGGCUAGGAAAAGGAAUAAAGCAACUACAAUACGAACGCGCAGAAAUUAAGCUCUCGGAUCAUAGACCAGUUAGUUCAAUUUUCUCAGUUGAAGUUGAAGUAUUCGAUCAUCGCAAAUUAAGACGCGCACUAAAUUUCACUAGUACUGCUGCAGUACAUCCUGAGAUUUUUCCUGAUGAAGAUGGUCAAUUUUUCUAAUGUUAAAAAGUUAAUUGAAGCAUUCUGUGAAUUAUUUGAGUCUGUUACAUAGCAGAGAGCCAAUGAGAUAGUCAUAUUAACAAGAAAAUGUAUAUAUAUAGUCAUACAUAAUUAUAGGAUAAUUAAUAUUGACAUGUUUUUUUCUUCUUUUUCAUAGUAAAAAAACAUUAUUCAAUUUUGGUCUCAUCAUGAGUCAUGUGUCCCAGUUAGUUUAUCUUUGGACAAUAAACUUUAGGGUAGGUUGUUUUGUUGUAACAAAUGAUGACAAGUUCUAUGUAAACUAAUAUAUUGUUUUGUACAAUCAACUUUUAAAUUAUUUA